UGCAACACUGAAGCGCUGUAGAGGAAGAGAGAGGAGAAGACUAGACCACAACAAGACAGCAAAUAUGAAACUUGCCAACAAACGAAAGAGACUCUUUCCACUCUUCUGAAGAAGCUUCCCUUCAUCAACAUGUUAUUUAGACACUUUUAUUCCUUUUUUCCACAGACCUACACAACAUCAGCUUUUUACAACUGAUUUAACUUCUGUGUCUCCGGUCAUCCAGCCUGAGUGAACCACUGCAGUGAACAACCAAUCCGUGGAAAUCUGAAAAACUCAACAAGAAUCAAGAAAAUGUUUGGACUCCCCACCGGACCUCUGCUCCUUUUAUUCCUGUUUCAUGGUGCUUGUUCUGAGACAAUGAAGGAGGGUGAGGAUAAAGACAUUCCAUGUGACCCAAAGUCAUCAGGAACUGUGUGGUGGUUUCGGCUGAUAAACAACGCACAGUUAGAGUUCAUAGCAUCUUUCUCCAGUUCUGGGGACAAAAAAGUUGGAGACCUGGGCAGCAAGUUUGACCAUCAGAAGAUGAAGUCUUCAAAAAUUUUAACACUGAAAGGUUUCAAAAAGGAGACGGACAGUGGCUCCUACAGCUGUGCGACCAUCAACAACAACAAGCUGCUCUUUGGCAGUGUGACCAGCCUACGAGGAACGCCAGACCCAAAGCCAGAAACCACAGUGGUCCCAACAACCAGAGCAACACCUGAGCACUUCACGACUAAAAGCACAGAAUCAUGUAAACCUAAAGAUCAAGGGACGACUCUGGGUUGUGAGCUCGUGAUUCUGAUUUCUUUGGCUGCAGGCAAUGGUCUUCUUCUCAUCCUGCUGAUCAUCACCAUUCUGUACUGUAACCGUAUGAGAACAAGACAAUGCCCACAUCAUUACAAAAGAGACUCCCAAAGCAAACCAGCAGGCCACAGGCCUCUGUCUCAUCAGACCGAAUUGUAGUCUCUGUGAUGACAAACCAACUAAUGCCAUCUCCUAUAGAGAGCGAUGCGGUGAACAUGGUUAACUUGUAUAUUUCAAAAAUACUCAUCACUUUCAAAACAAACCUGACGGCCCUCAAAUUUGCCCAACAAGCUUUCAGAAAUGUUCCUCUCAAACUGAAUUUCUGGGUUAACUGAGCUUCAUUAUUCUAUAGUUGUAUUAUUUCUGUUUCAAUUUUACAUUUUACCUUUUGAACCUUUUUAGACAUUAUAGCAAAUGUAGUAAUUCAUAGAGAGCUUCUAUCAUUUGUUCAUAUUUUACGUUAAUUGAAAUUUCAUGCUUUUCAGGAUUUUGCAGUAUACAUACACUGAUCACUGAUGACCACCUCCUUAUUUCUA